AUGCCACGAGUAUGUGAAGCUGCUAAUUUACCACUCUACUGGAAACAUCCGAUCUUCAUGUCGCUAACCAAAGGAGAGGUCCGUAGUGCGACUUUGAUGGACUUCACUGCUUGGUGGCGUGCAAUGACAAGUAUCGCUCAUGAUGAAGCUGCGAGGUGAAA